UUGCCUUUAAGGGUGUGAAGCCAACACAUGCUGUUUUUCAACAUUCUCCGUCAGCAUCAGCAGCGUCAUCACACGUUUCUAUUGGGCCAAGGUUCCUUCAAUCAUACAACAGCCCAAUAGAAAAUCAUUCCAUUCCAAGCCUUCGGUUCUCGUCACGUGGAUAUUCUGUAGAAUGAACCCAAACCCUGCUUCCUCUCGCUCGAGGAGCACCGUUAAGGUUCUUCACGCGGCCUCACUUCCAUUUCAAAUCUGCCAGCCCAAAUUUCCUUUCCUUUUCGCAUGCGCAUCAGUUCUUCACGAAGCCCAUCUCAUGAUUUCUUCCAUAGGGUUUGCUUCUACUCAUGAGUGUUCCAGUAGUAAUAGUUAGGGUUCCUUCCACGCACCCAUUUCCCGUUAGGACUCUUGUACACGGCCUCGCUGCCGUUAGAUCCUUUCUUGUUUUCCUUCUGUUUUAUCAUGGUUGCCAUUAGAACUAUAAAAUGGCAAGCCGUUUCUUUGUAAGUCAGCUUUGAUGAAUGUUAGUUUGGUUGAGAGUACUCCCAUCGUUCGUCUUAGCUCCCCUUUCCCUUUAGAUGAGGAUUUCUCCUCCUAGGGUUCCAAAUACAGUGUUCGUGUGAGUUCAGUGUGAGAACGAGAGCGAAUCCAAUCUUAAGAGUCUUCCGCUGCGUUUCCCUGUCGAUUCCACCGAACAAUCGACAUUUGGAGGCUAUUCUCCAACGAACAGAGCACGUUUCCGCCGAUCAAUGGCGCCGAUGGCCUCAUCAAGUGGUAUUCAGUGCCACUCGAUUCUCGGUUUUCUUCAAAGCUAAGUAUUCGAGCACUCUCUCUACUAUUUUUCUCUUUAUAUGUUCGAUUCUGUCUUGUUCUAUAUUCGUUUGAGUCAUUUUUGCUUCUCUGGUGUUGAUCUUGUGCUAUGUGAUGUGUUUUCGUGCUGAAAUUAAUUCAUUACUAUUGUUCAGAUUGCCUUGAAUCAAUAACUGUGAUGUUGAAAUGUUUAGCUCUCUGAAUCUGCCGUUCAAUGCAUGUCCAUUAGGUUUGAUUUCAAUUUUUAUUACCUAGCUUUGAAUUUUAUAUUCUCGUGUUUUUGUCUUAGGUUUUGUUUAGUUUGUUUUGUAUGUCAGUGAUUCCAUAGAUGUGUGCUUAAACUGUGUCACUGUUUCGAAUCUCAUUCAAUUUCUGUUUUGUUUUUGAAUCCUUCGUUUUUGUUAUUAAAAGUGUUCUAGAGUUCUGAGUUGGCUAAUAGAUCAUUAACAACUAUCUGCAGUGCAUAUUGCCACUGAUUCAUGUUUUCUUCAUGCUAUUGUUGUCUUAAUGUUGAUUUCCAUGUGCUGUUUGAUUCUGUUCUUGCUCUGGAAAUUGAAAUUGUUAGCCAAGGAUUGCUCCUUCCUUAGCACAUAAUGAGUAUUCCAUCGUAGUUUAAUCUGAUUCGCAUCAGAAUUUAUGUGUGGACACUCUUGCUUUGGUUGGUGAUUGCAUAGGUUGUUUCAGUGCUCUUGUGAAAUCUGUUUUGUUGAAUCAGUGCCUGACCCGUUAGUUGCCUUUGAUGCAGUUUCCAAAUAUUUUCAGAGUAUAUGCUUGUUGCUUCUCGUUGUUGUUUCUUUGUCAAAGUUCAAUUUCUGCUCUGGAAACUUAUUUUGAUUAUUCCUUGUUCAUCAUUGCAUUUGCAUCUGUCAUGGGUUUGCUAUAUCACAAUUUUAUUGUCUGUGAUUAGCCUAGAUAUCAUGAUUCAACCAAUUUAAUUACUGUUCUUUGCUGUUGAGGUUGUUUCUCUUCUGAAUCAGGACUUUCAAUGUGCAUAGUUUGCUCAUAUUCAUAUUUGAUUGAGUCCUGCUCUGAUGGCAGUGUAGCACGAUGGUAUUCUCAGUUGUGUUUAAGUGCUUUAUGAAAUAUGGUGCCUCAGCUUAUUCACUUGCUACAUUCAUCUGAUUUUUGUUUCAGCACUGCCAUGUAAUUUUUGAGUUCCAGUUUCUGUUUUCUCAGAUUACAAUCAUUAAAGUUGUUUCACUUUGCUGUUGGCUCCUUCAUUCUGUCACAGAAUCAAUUUCUGCUCUGUUGUUCAGCUUGAUUUGCACUUGAUUCUGUGUUAGCUCCUGCAAAAUCACUGUUUUGGCAGCCUUUGUAGGUGAAGCCUCCUCUUGAAGGUGGAGUGGUGAGUGACUUUGUUGUGAGAGUACAUUGCCGAGAGAAUUAUGGUGUAAGCUGGGACUUGAAGAGCAUCAAAGUGGGAGACACACUUGAGGGAGACUUAUUUGGAGGCUGGCCGAGAGAGAGACAUAGAUUAGCAUAACUGUCUUUUAUUUUGUGUUUUGCUGUUUUCAUAUCACGACAUUUGUGUAUUAUUUCUUUUUCAGUAUUUUCCUUUCAUUUGGCUUAGGUGGGAAAAUGCUUUAGAGCAAUCUCAUCCUUAGCAUUUAUUUGUAAUAGUUUAAGCGUUUAGUGUGAGGUUCAAGGGGUUCCAAAGGCCACUUGAAUUUUCACUUAGGAUUUUUUUCGUCUAGUUUAAGUUUUUCGCCUUUAUGUUUUCUGUUUUAUGUUUUAAUGCCCAGGUUUUGUGUGUUUGCCAUUUCUGUUUUAGGUCCUCGUGAUAUCUAGGUGCCAUUUGUUUUACACCUAGUUGACCUUCUUUUGGUCUUUAAGUUUUCACUCUUUUCACACACUUUGUCAAUUUGUUUUUCACCCAUCUGUUUCAUUUGUAUUUUUAUUUGAGAAAUUUUGUGAAAGCAUUUUAGAGAUCUUUGGCUAGGAAAGGCUUGGUUCCUAAGCUUGUCCAUGUGACUCACCUCUCUUUCCUGGGAGUAUGUCUAGAAUUCUUUUCCACUACUUUCUCUUUAGAAAUUCAUUAACUUUGUGAAAAAAAAAAUUGUUUUGUCAAAAGUGUUUCAAAAUGAGUUUUUCUUUUUCUAACCGUAUGCAUAUAGAUAGGCAUAAUAGUGUGCAUUUAGGUAGACAUAGUAGUCAUGAGUUGCAUCAUACCAUUCAUAGUGACAUUCCAUUCUUUGGGGAAGAUAUAGGACCAAUAUCAUUUAAAGAUUGGAUGUGGGAUACUGAAAAAUUGGUGCAACCUUUGUUUACUAAAUAUAGUCAUAUAGACAUUCUUAGGCAUGUUACAUCUAGAUUUGUAGGACGUGCAUUAGAUUGGUGGCAAGAGAGGCAAUAUCUAGUGAAAAAGGGGAGAACAUCAUGCAUCAAUACAUUUUAUGAAUUAAAAACAUGCAUGUGGAAACAUUUCAUACCCCCUUCAUUUAGGACCACUAAAGCACAACACGUUAGGAUAGAAGACUUCAUUGACAUUGGGGAUGCAUUCAUCCAAAACAUUGCUAAGUUUUCUAGACUAGAAAAAGAUUUUAAGCACAAUUUAGACUUGCUCUUGAGUGAACAACGAAAGAGAGAAAAAUACAAGAGAGAGCAAGCUAAACAUCAACAGCUUCGAGAGUUUGAAAAGAAGAGAGAAAAAGAAGCGCUCGAGAAGCUUUGUGCUAAAAGAGAACAAGAGAAAAGAGAGAUAAAUGAGAAGAAAAAAAGAGAGGAAGAAGAAAAGGCUAAAGAGGAGAAUCUAAGAAAAGCAAAAGAAAAGAAUGAGAGAAAAGAAUUAGAGGAAAGAGAGAAAAUAAAACAAGAGAGUAAUCUUGCAAAACAAUCACAAGUGGUAGAGUUAAAGUGUAUUUCAAAUGAGCGAACAAAACUCUGUGUUAGGAAUUUGGUGAUCAAUUCUUCACCAGUUCCUUACAUGAAGAUCCCAUUUUCAAAGGGCGUUUUCCCAUCUUUAACCUCUACUCACUUUUCCAUUAAAUCUUUUGUUUUGUUUUCUUUUCAAAAUUUUUGUUCUCCAUCUCAUUUCUUUAUUUCAUCCUCCUCAACUUGUUUUGCCAAAACACACUUUGAUAUUAAAGUUCUUUUCAAAAAUCAUCUUAGUCAAAGUGUGAAACAUUUCUUUUGUGAAGUGGGCUUAAUACCAUCUUUUUCAAUCUUCAAAGGCCCAUUUUCACAAUUUUUCCAUCCAAUUUUACUGCAUGGUCUUUAUGAUUUUAAUUCCAUUUUAUUUGAUGACUAUUGCAGAUUUGUUUUUGAUCCUGGUGGUACCAUUAUUUUUGUUGCUGUGAGCCUUUAAUAAUCCUCUAGAUCUGAGGACAGAUCCUCUUCAAGGGACAUUUUCAAAACAUCCUAAUGGGUAUUGGGCCUGCAGCCUAACUCCUCCUUUACACCUCCACACUGCAGCCAAUACCUUCAACAACAGCGUCAAUUGGGCGUCCUGUAACGUCCAAUUCAACAUGCAUUUCUCUUCACUUGAUUCCAGAAUGGGCCAAGAUCCACUUUCCUUCAAGCAGCCCAAUUUCACUCGCUAGGAAUAUUCUUCAAAUCCAACAGCCUUGAUAUAAGAUAGCAUGUGUGGACCAUGAUUACUUCAAACAACAGUUUGGGUUUGCAAUGUGAAGCUAGUUCAUUCACGUAUCUUCGUCAACAUUGAUAAAACGUGAAGCCCAUGUUUCCAACCCAAUUGCCUUUAAGGGUGUGAAGCCAACACAUGCUGUUUUUCAACAUUCUCCGUCAGCAUCAGCAGUGUCAUCACACGUUUCUAUUGGGCCAAGGUUCCUUCAAUCAUACAACAGCCCAAUAGAAAAUCAUUCCAUUCCAAGCCUUCGGUUCUCGUCACGUGGAUAUUCUGCAGAAUGAACCCAAACCCUGCUUCCUCUCGCUCGAGGAGCGCCGUUAGGGUUCUUCACGCGGCCUCACUUCCAUUUCAAAUCUGCCAGCCCAAAUUUCCUUUCCUUUCCGUAUGCGCAUCAAUUCUUCACGAAGCCCAUCUCAUGAUUUCUUCCAUAGGGUUUGCUUCUACUCAUGAGUGUUCCAGUAGUAAUAGUUAGGGUUCCUUCCACGCACCCAUUUCCCAUUAGGACUCUUGUACACGGCCUCGCUGCCGUUAGAUCCUUUCUUGUUUUCCUUCUGUUUUAUCAUGGUUGCCAUUAGAACUAUAAAAUGGCAAGCCGUUUCUUUGUAAGUCAGCUUUGAUGAAUGUUAGUUUGGUUGAGAGUA